AUGUCCACUGCGGAAUAUCCUCCAGAAAUCCUUUUUACCAUCUGCGCUCAUGUAUACUCUGCUUGUCUCCCUGCCUACCCCGUAUCCCUCGACCCUUUAAUCGCUGCCGACCAUGGCAUACCGACUGCACUACCAUCAGCCAUGCCUCCUGGCAAUUGGCCUGAGCCGGUGAGCAGAAGGACCCUGGCCUCUCUCUGUCUCGUAAAUCAUGCCUGGCAUGCCGCAGCGAAACCAUGGCUUUGGCGUAAGCUUGAAGUUCGCUUGCCUCGCAGCUGGCUUUCACUCGUCGAAGAAAUUGCUUGGGAUUACGAUGAGGGGCAGGUGGAAAUGGUAGUAGAGGACACAAUAAAGGCUGCAGCGCUGGCCUCACGUGCUUCUAUCUCUUCGAUGGACCAAGAGUCCACCUCCAAGCUGGAAGAAAAUCUCCUUGAUUCCCUAACGGAGCCAGACAGCUCCGUACCACUCGAACUUCUUUCCCCCGUCGUUUCUCGAGAUCCGAGUCCCCGACGCCUUCGGCAAAAGAGCAAAAGCCCGGCCCGAUGGAGGAUUAUGCGCUCGAUUAGCGAUGCUAUACAGGACUACAUGGAUAGGCGAGAUGCGGGGGUAUACGUGCCCGUCCCCAAUGACCCUCGUCCCGGCCGUUUCGUCCGUCAUCUUGACUUCAACCACUUCCGUACCAUUGGGAUCAGGAGGUCUAUCGAUGAAGGUGUAAACUCCCGUUUCGUAACGGGUGAUCGAGUUGAGGCCUUGAUCAAGGAAUGUCCAAACUUGCUGACCUUCGGCGCAACCGAAUACAUGGACGGGGCCCUGACUUUGCCGGUACUCAAGGAGCUACUCCUCCGGGGCGCACCAUCCCGCGGUCGAGGCCGUCCAUCACGGGGCCGUGGUUUGGUCAUUACUGACGCAAACGAUGUAGAAGAAGAUGAUCGAGAGCGUCGACGCGAAUGUCGUGAACUGGCUGCUAUCGAUCUCACCGGUUGCGUCAGCGCGGUCUUCGUAAACUCACUCACCGAAUUCGUCAACACAUAUCUCCUAACGCAAGACAACUCUACAGAACGCCAAGCAAGCCGUCACCAAGAGGAGCCUUUGGUAUUUCCAGGCCUCCAGCGACUCGGGCUGCGUGGUGUGAAAUCGAUUCUACCUAAUGUUCUUACGCCACUGGUCCUUUCCUUCCCUUCUCUCACUCACCUGGAUCUCUCUGGCACACGUGCGACCCCUGAGCUCUUGGAUGCUUUGGGUGCUUCAUCCUCGGUCCGAUUGAAGUCUUUGGCUCUUGCACGUUGCAUCAGGCUCACCAGCGAGUCAAUUAGGGACCUUCUUGUUAAUUCUCCCGUCACCUCACAACUUCAGGAAUUGAACCUUUACGGUGACAUGACCUUCACGUCCCCUUUGACUACGGAGCACCUUAGAGACAUUGUCGCCCUAGCUCCUUGUUUCCAAUCCGGCGACUUGGUGUACUUGGACUUGUCUAGCUCCCCAGUCACUCGCGAAAUUCUGCUCGACCUGUGCCUCCCUCAAUUGAGUCUCCGGUCGUUCGGCUUGUCCUAUAUUCCUGAUUUGGAAUUAAAGGCUGUGUCGGAGUUCAUCAGAACGAAGGCGCGCAAUGUCGAGAUCCUCACGCUGGUUGGGACAUCGCCAGAGCUUGACUGCGGUCUACGCACCGGCGGCAUCAAUGGCGCGCCUCGUGGCUCAGCCCGUCAGUCUUCGGUUUCAUUGCAUACUCAGCUCAUCCGCCCUCUCUGCACACCACCAUUUACCCUCAACCUGACCUCGACACCAACUCCUCCCAAACCUCCCCUCACGAGACUCCGUGUCAUCGAGUUAUCUACACCGAUGUUGGGCGGCCUUGGUGCCGGUGCCGGUGCUUGGAAAAUUGUCCGUAGCAAAGGCGGCAGGGGUUGGUACGUAGAUACCGCAUCCGGCUGGGUAUCCGAAAGCUCGGGAAGUGUAUUGCGCCGUGAUUUACCUGCCGGACAUCCACUGAGGGCGGAAAUUGAGAAGCUGUCUGAAGCGAAUGGAAACGUGAGCAGCGGUGUCGGAUGGCAUGCAAGGAAGAUGGAGAUUUUGCACGGUCACGGAAUGUUGGGACGAGAAGAUGGAUUGUACGGCGCAGUUUCUUUCGCCUAUCAAGGUUGA